AAAUGUUCAAGCAACAUCAGCAAAUCCCAACAAUGACGAGUCGUUGAACAAUUUGUUUCAGCAAUUUACCCAGUUCUUGAAGAACAACCAACAUCUUGAUACUCACUUUGCAAAUUUGUCCCAUUUUGGUGACUUUGCAGGACCUUCAAACUGCUAAAAUCAUUGGCAUUGGAAAGGUCAUGGGCAAUCUCUAUGUUCUAAACAAGUUUAGUUUAGAGUCUGCAAACAUAGAGUCCAUUCUUAAUUCUUGUAAUCUUUCAAAGAAUUUGAAAUUCAAUUUUUGUAAUGUUGCUCAUUUCAAGAAUAAGGAAUGUUAUUCCAUAUGGCAUAAGAGAUUAGGCCAUAGUUCUGAGUCUGUAUUAAGUCAUUUGACUUUUAUUCCUAAGAAAUCUAUUGAUGAGUCACUUCCUUGUAUUCCAUGUCAUCUUGCAAAACAACAAAGAAUUCCAUUUCAUGUUAGUGACUCUUGUGUUGAUUCUUUUUUUAAAUUGAUUCACGUGGAUCUUUGGGGACCAUAUAGAUCAAAAACUAUCACAGGAGCAUCAUAUUUCCUAACAAUAGUUGACGAUUUUUCUAGAUCAACAUGGACUUUCUUACUCAUUGACAAAACUCAAGUCUUAUUGACUUUGUCUAAUUUCUUUGUAUAUGUCAAAAAUCAAUUCCUCACAACUGUCAAAAUUAUCAGAACUGAUAAUGGAAGUGAGUUCAUUAAUCACAAUUGUCAAAAUUUAUUCUCUUCAUUAGGAAUAGUUCAUCAAAGAACUGCUCCUUAUUCACCUCAACAUAAUGGAAGAGUUGAGAGAAAACACCAACAUUUGUUACAAGUGGCAAGAUCUUAAUGUUUUCUUCAAAAUUACCAAUCCAUUUUUGGGGACAUGCUAUUUUGAUGGCUACCUAUAUCAUCAACAUUACUCCUACACAAGUUUUAAAUUGGUCAACUCCAUAUAAGAAGCUAUACAAUAAAGAUCCUACAUAUGAUAAUCUCAAGGUAUUUGGGUGUCUCUGCUUUGCAACAAAUACCAUACCUCACAAAACGAAGUUUGAAAAAAGAGCUACAAUGUGCUGUUUUAUUGGUUACAAUCAUGGACAGAAGGCAUACAAACUCUAUGAUUUACAAGACAAAAAGAUAAUUAUGUCCAGAGAUGUCAUCUUUUAUGAGUCAUUGUUUCCUUACAAGAGCAUAAAAGAAAAUUCAAGUGAUGAAAAAUUAGUCAUUUCGAAUGAAAUUGAAGAUUUUGAAGUGUGUGCAAAUGAUUUCAUUCCAGCAAAUGAUUAUAAUCCAGAUGAGUUUGAUAUUAUCAAUGAAGAUGAACACUUCAACUUUCCAGAACAACAAGAAUGUGAAAAAGACAUGUAUGCUGAAGAAAAUGAUAUUGAUAAUGAAAAUCACCAAAAUGUUCCUGUAGCAGACAAUCUUCGUUUUGGUUUAAGAGAAAGAAAGAAACCCUCUUGGCAUAAUGAUUAUAUUAUGCAUUGUAACACUAUUGAUGCUACAACCUCAAAUACCAAGCAAUUCACAUCUCCUCAUUUUCCUCCUACAUACCCUUAUUACCAUUCAGAUUUAUUAACCCAAACACAUAAAAGCCUCUUAUCCACCAUUUCUCAAAUUCAAGAACCCACAAGUUAUAAUGAAGCCUGUAGAAAUGAAGAAUGGAUCAAAGCAAUGAAUAAAGAGUUAGAUGCACUUGAAAACAAUCAGACAUGGACAGUUAUGCCCUUGCCACAAAACAAGAAAGCGAUCGGUUCAAAAUGGGUUUACAAAGUUAAACUUAAUCCAGAUGGGUCAGUUGAAAGGUAUAAAGCAAGACUAGUUGCAAAGAGGUAUAAUCAAAUUUAUGGAAUUGAUUACCUUGACAGUUUUUCUCCUGUAGCUAAAGUGAUUACAAUUAGAAUUUUAUUGGCUUUAUCUACAUCAAGAGGCUGGUUAUUAAAUCAAUUGGACAUCAAUAAUGCUUUCUUACAUGGAUUUCUAGAUGAAGAGGUGUAUUUACAACCUCCUCAAGGGUAUGGAAAAGCAAAAAAAGGAGAGGUUUGCAAGCUCAACAAAUCUCUCUAUGGCCUGAAACAAGCCAGUAGACAAUGGCAUUUGGAAUUCUGCAAUAAAUUGUUGGAAAUUGAUUUUAAACAAUCUUCACAUGAUCAUUGUUUGUUCACAAAAGGUAAAGGCGAAAUAUUUAUGGCAUUAGUCGUUUAUGUUGAUGAUGUUCUAAUCACUGGACCAAAUAAGGAAGAAAUUCACAAGGUCAAAGAUCAUUUACAUGCAGCAUUCACAAUUAAAGAUUUGGGAGAUGCAAGCUAUUUUUUGGGUAUUGAAUUACUCAGAACUGAAAAAGGGCUAUAUGUAAAUCAAAGAAAAUAUGUAUUGGACAUAUUAUCUGAGACAAGAUUAACAGGGGCAAAACCGGUAUCAAGUCCAACAAUCAAAAACAUAAAAUUGAGUACAGAAGGUGGGGAGACUUUGAAAGAUCCAGAGAGAUAUAGGAAGUUAGUUGGAAAAAUUUUGUAUCUCAAUUUCACAAGGCUAGACAUAAGUCAUGUUGUACAACAAUUGAGCCAGUUCUUACAUACUCCAACCACGGUACAUUGGAAGGCUGCAAUACAUGUGUUAAAGUAUUUGAAAAGUUGUCCCUCAAAGGGGUUGUUUUUUGAAGCAAAUUCAUCAAUAAAUAACAUAACUGCAUUUAGUGACUCAGAUUGGGCAAGUUGCAGUGAUACAAGAAGAUCAUUAACAGGUUUUUGUAUCUUCAUUGGAAGUUCAUUGGUGUCCUGGAAAACUAAAAAGCAGAAAACUGUAUCAAAAUCGUCUUGUGAAGCAGAAUAUAGAAGCUUAGUUGCAACCGUAUGUGAACUCUUAUGGAUUAGUUACAUUUUAAAGGAUUUGAAGAUUGAGUUGAAAAUUUCGGUGGAUUUAUGGUGUGACAACAAAGCAGCAAUACACAUUACUAAAAAUCCAAUAUUUCACGAAAGAACCAAGCACUUAGACAUUGAUUGUCACAUUGUUCGUGAUCAAUUCAAACUUGGAUUUGUUCUCCCAAAACAUGUUUCAACAAAACAACAAACAGUGGAUAUUUUCACAAAAGGACUAUGUGGGCCACAGUUUCAGUAACUGCUGCUAAAAAGUAUUACAGCAUGUCUUCCUCACUACCUCUUCAGUUGGAGCCACUACAUGGCGUCCUUAGUGGUUUCUUCAGUAAGAAGAGUUAGUGGACGUGGCACUCACUAACUAACUAACUAAGUGAUCUUAAGAAACAGUGAUUAAAUCCUUAGGGAUAGUCCUCUUCCUUACUUGUACGGACUUUAUCAUUUAAUAAGCAUCCAACUAUUUCAAAAUUCUGACUUCCUUGGUCGUUAAACUUUCGGUUUACUUUAGAUAUGCACACAUUGGAGUCUUAGUAAAGAUAAUCUAAAAUCCAAUUUCUAUCUUUAGCUAACAAAGAUAUAUUCUCGAUCCCUUGUCCGAUUAUUCCCGUUACUUUUUAAUACUAAUUAUUGCACCAAUUACACAUGCAGCCUACAAAGUCCACCAUUCCAUUAGUUUUAAGAGUAAUCUCAGGCAUUAGAUAUAUAAGGUAUCUUUUACGAGCAACAUCAUAUUCCUUUUAAGUUAUCCUUGGCAUUAGAUAAGGUAUUCUUUGUUGGAAUAAUCUGUAAAUAAGAAGGGUGGUUUAGUCAUUUUGUUUCCUUAAUUUAAUUGAUCAUGUCAAAGCCAUGUUGGCUGUAGAUUGCACGAGUUUAGUGUUAACGAGAGUUUUUUCCCUGUCAAUACAAAAUGCAUUCCACCAAUAUAUAAUACAACAUAUGUAAAGAUCUAUGAUUGUGGGCAAAAUAUAGAAGGGCCACACAAAUACCAAAAAUACAAAGAUACAUUACAAAGCACAAAUAAAUAUGCAGCUAACAUCCCCCCGUAGUCAGAACGGAAGGUCUUGAACGGACGUUCAGACUGGAUCUAAAGUCAAGGAACAAUGUGGAAGGAAGUCCUUUGGUGAAGAUAUCAGCAUAUUGAGACGAAGACGGGACAUGAAGAACUCGAAUCUGACCCAUAGCGACUUUAUCUCGCACAAAGUGAAUAUCUAUCUCUAUAUGUUUUGUGUGUUGAUGCUGAACCGGAUUGGUGGACAAAUAAACGGCACUGACGUUAUCACAAUACACAAGUGUAGCAGAAGGAGGUGGGUAGUGAAGCUCGCGAAGCAAGUUAUGCAACCAACAUCUCUCAGCAACAGCAUUUGCAACUCCCCGAUACUCAGCUUCAGCACUGGAUCUCGAAAUGGUACCUUGUCUCUUGGACGACCAAGAGAGGAGGUUUUGACCCAUAAAAACACAGUAGCCGGAAGUGGAGCGACGUGUGGUGGGGAAACCAGCCCAAUCGGCAUCAGAAAAAGCAAUAAGACCACGAGACGGAGAUACAUACAGUUGUAAACUGUGAUCAAGAGUACCUCGAAUAUAUCUCAAAAUGUGCUUGAGAGCGGAGAAGUGAGGCUCUCGAGGAUCAUGCAUGUAAAGACAAACCUGUUGAACUGCAUAAGUGAUGUCAGGUCUCGUGAAUGUGAGGUACUGAAGAGCUCCUGCAAGGCUCCUGUAGAGAGUCGGAUCAGGAGGACCUGUGCCAUCAAAUUUAGCUGAUGUGUCAGCGGGAGUGCAAGCUGGUUUGCAAUUGAGCAUCUUAGCCCGCUCAAGGAUCUUGGUGACAUACUUCUGCUGUGAUAAGAACAUACCAUGUUUGUCUCUAGUAACAGCAAUACCUAGAAAAUAGUUCAGGGUGCCUAGGUCAGUCAUGGCAAACUCUGAUCGAAGAGUGGUGAUGACCUUAUGUAAGAAUGGAAGAUGAUGCAGUCAAAAUGAUAUCAUCAACAUAAAGUAAUAAAUACGCAGUCUGAGCACCCUGUUUGUAGAUGAACAAAGAGGAAUCAGAUUUGUUGUUAGUAAAGCCGAACCCUGUAAUGAAUUGAGCAAACCGAUGAUACCACGCUCGCAGUUUGCUUGAGUCCAUAUAUGGACUUCUGAAGUAAGCAAACAUGAUCUGAAAAAGAUCGAUCACGAAAGCCCGGGGGCUGAUGCAUGUAAACGGUCUCCUGUAAGUGACCAUGUAGAAAUGCAUUUUUCACAUCCAACUAGUGAACCGGCCAGUGGUGUGAAAUAGCCAAACUAAGGACAGUCCGGAUGGUAGCCGGUUUCACAACCGGGCUGAAAGUCUCAUCACAAUCAAUGCCAACUUGUUGACUGCGAGCGUUGGCAACCAGUUGUGCCUUAUAUCAAGCGAAAGAUCCAUCUGCAUUAUGUUUCUUCUUAAAAACUCAAAUACAGUUAACAACGUUUGCAGUGGGGGGCCAAGGCACAAGUACCCAAGUCCCAUUAGAAAUAAGUGCAUUAAAUUCUUCCGUCAUAGCAUUGUGCCAGUUUGGGUCUUGAAAUGCUUGAGAGUAGUAUUUGGGAAGAGGAGAUUGGGAGGGCUGGGUGUGAAGGUUUAAUUUAUCAAUGGGCUUGACGAUUCCAUGACGAGCACGGGUUUGCAUAUGAUGAGUGCGAGUGGAGGUAGGAACAAAGGGUUGAGAGUGUGGUGGGGGGUUAUUUUGGGUGAGAGGGGGUUGAGUGGAAGGAGAAGGAGAAGACGCCGAAGCAGACAAGGAGGGAGUGGAGUCGAUGUCACUUUCAAGGUGUUGGGUGGUGGUAUCGACGGUGGUUGUGCUUGGGUCGGGAUGAUGAAGGGAAGGUUGAGAGGGAAUGGUUGGAUCGUUAAAACAGUUCCGUUGAUCUUCAAUAUUAAGGAAAUCAUAAUUGGGAAACUGAUGAGGGGUCAUUGAGCCGAAAGGAAAGACUGAUUCAUCAAAAACAACAUGCCGGGAAAUGAUGAUUUCUUUGGUAUGAAGAUCGAGACAUCGAUAUCCUUUAUGAUUGGAAGGAUAACCAAGGAAGAUGCAUGGAGUGGAUCGGGGUUGGAGUUUGCUAGUGUUGUUGAGAUGGGGGUAACAAAGACAUCCAAAAACACGAAGGUGAGUAUAGGAGGGGUGUUUCUGGAAGAGUUUGUGAAAUGGAGUGUCAUGUUUGAGAGUGGUAGAGGGUAGAAUAUUUAAGAGAUGGGCUGCCAUAUGAAGAGUUUCCACCCAAUAAGUAGGUGGAAGAUGGGCUUGGAAUAACAGGGUUCGAAUGAUGUUGUUGAGGAUUCGAAGCAUACGUUCGGAUUUACCAUUUUGUUGGGACGUAUAGGGGCAAGAGAAGCGCAUGUGAAUGCCAUUAGUGGCACAAAGGUGGUGAAAGUGUUGGUUAUCAAAUUCUUUGCCAUUAUCGCAUUGAAAAUUUUGAAUAUCGGUUUUGAAUUGGUUAUUAACGUAUGCUCGAAAAUGGAGAAAUUUAGAGAAAACAUCAUAUUUGUUUCGUAACGGAUACACCCACACAAAAUGAGCAUACUGAUCAAGAAAAAUAACAUAAUAUUUUAUUCCACUAUGACUUAUUAGAGGGGAAGUCCAAACAUCGGAAUGAAUGACAUGAAAAGGAAAGUUAGCAUCAGUUUGAGAUAAAUGAAACAACAAACGGACAUGCUUGCCAAGUUGACAAGCAUGACAUAAGAUACUAGGAUCUUUGUUAUUACAAGAGAUAAACUUUUUUGAUAGUAAAUGGUUGAAGACUUGAGUGCCGGGAUGACCAAGUCGUUGAUGCCACGUGGAAGAACUAACACUGAGAAACACUUGAGGAAGUUGUUUUGAGAAGGGAUAGAGGUCGCCCGUGCUGUCACAUCGAAUGAGGGUUUGUUUGGUGAGAUAAUCCUUCACAGAAAAACCAAACUCGUCAAAUUCAAUAGAACAUUUACUGUCACGAGUCAAUUUUCGAACAUAAAUGAGAUUUUUAAUAAUUUGAGGUGUAAUAAGGACAUUUUUAAGACUUAGAGGACGAAAAGGAUGUUGAUAAAGAGAAGAGUUUCCGACCUGGGUAACCGGAAUGCGAGAUCCGUCACCAACUAUGACUGAAAAAUUAUUACAAUUAUUUUUAAUGGAAUUGAGUAUACCUAAGUCAGCAUGAAGAUGAGCAGUCUCCCCGGUAUCCAUGUACCAAUCUGUCGUUCCGGGGUCCUGAAGGUUCAUAGUAGUGAAAGCUUGAGGGAAUGUUGUGGGUUGAUCCGCAAAGUUCUGGGCCUGCUGCCAAUUAAAUGGCUGAAGUGGUUGAGGUCCAGCAAAAAAUGCUUGUAGGGUUGUGUGCUGAUUGGCCCAAAUUGGUUGCUGUCUUGAUUGGGUUUGCAAGGGAGUGGGCCAGCGAGCACCCUGAUUAGGUGAAGGAAGGAGCCCAGAUUGCUGGUCGGCUGGGAUGAAAACCCAGCGUCCGCUGGGAUGAGGAGCUGCCGACGGAAACGAGAAUGCGCCUCCAUUAUUGCGAUGGCCAUGUCUGCCUCUGCCACUAUUCCAUCCUCGACCACCACCCCUAUUUCGACCGCCACCAUGAUUAUUGCCUCGGAUGUUGCUGGAAUUAGAAGAUUGAGUUUGAUGAUUGGCAUUUAAAACGUGGUGAGAUGAUGAAGAAUCCGUAUGAGAGGCUUGGGGUAUCCGAUUUUGUUGAUUUUAAAGUGUUUGUUCUUCAAUGGAGAGCAUAGAUCGCAUCUCCAGGAGUGUAGGGAACGGAUUUCUGUGACGAAUUGUAUUGGCGAUGUGAUCGAAUUUUGAUGACAAUCCGUUAAGAGCGUAUGUGACGAGAGUGCGUUCGGGAACUUUGGAACCGAUGUUGGUUAAGAGAUCAGAGAUGGCUUUGAUGUGUGUGUGUAGUAUUCCAUAACAGUGGAGUCACCUAUAACAAUGUUUCUGAGUUGAUUCUCGAGUUCUAUUGCAUUUGCUUCUUUGUUGUCACGAAAAAGGUCUUCAAUGGCUUUCCACAAUUGAGCGGCCGUCGCAUCAGGUGUCAAUAUGGUUUGGAUGAGAGGUUGAGAGAGAGUGACAAAUAGCCAUUGUUUCACGAUUGAAUCAGCAGUACACCAAUCUUGAUCGGCUGGGUUAUGAUUGGUGCCAUCGAGGUGACCGAAAACUUUAUAUGCAGUACAAUGAUUCUUGAAGAACUCACGCCAUGCAUCGUAGUUUAGUCUGUCAAGAUCAAGGAUCAAAGGAACAUAUGACUUGAUGUUGGUGAUUCCAUACAUCUUAUCAAGGUGAGAAGCCAUAGAAUUGACUUAAGAGGAGAAGAACAGUAAACAGAGCAGGAAAAAAAAACGGCUAGGGUUGAUUUAAUGCUCUUAUACCAUGUUAACGAGAGUUUUUUCCCUGUUAACGAGAGUUUUUUCCCUGUCAAUACAAAAUGCAUUCCACCAAUAUAUAAUACAACAUAUGGAAAGAUCUAUGAUUGUGGGCAAAAUAUAGAAGGGCCACACAGAUACCAAAAAUACAAAGAUACAUUACAAAGCACAAAUAAAUAUACAGCUAACAUUUAGGAUACUUUGUUACUUUCCCCUGUUUUCUGUUUUCUGGGCUAGUUUCUCUUUUAUAAGCUAGGUUUAGGAGUCGCUCUGUAAUUUCCAUUUCAAGCAGAGAAUAAGAUGUGAAAGCUGUGCCAUCUUCUUGCCUUUUUUUUUCUUUUCUGUUCUCCUUACAACAGAUCAUGCAGCAAAGUGUUGCUUUACUUUGUUCUUAUAAUCUUCUUUCUAUAGUGGGUUUGUUCACAUAGGUUGGUUCCAACACCCUUAACCCUCUAUAUAUAGUUCCCAUUUCCUCAAUGUAAGGUCUUCAUUCACAUAACAAACAUUCACUACAAGGAUCUAACCCUUUGCAGACGAAACCUAUCCAGACAACAUUUGUCGUCGGGAAAAGUCGAUCUAUAGAGACGACAUGUCGUCUGGACAGAGUUUUCAAACAUUGACCAUAUGUCGUUGACCAGAAAAGCUAUACAGACGAAAAAUCGUCUGCAUAGGCUCGGUGGGAAGGGGAAAAAUAUUGGCGGUAUAUCGAAUUUCUAUACCGACGACAUGUCGUCGGGAGGAGGAAUUAAAAACAUAUUUUCGAUUUAUUUUAAUUCUUUGUCGCAGAAAAGCAUUACGAUGUUGUUUUGGUCAGCUUAUGCAGACGACAUGUCAUCUUUAUAGGGUGCUUAAAAAUUAAUUUUGAUUUAUUUUUUAUCCGUCUUGCAAAAACGAAAUACGAUGUCGUUUUGGUCAAGCUAUCCAGAUGACAGACGAAAACGAUAGGACCAAUCCGCAUGAAAAUGCAUUUUUGUUUUGUUUUAUUUUAUUUUUUAAUGAAACUAGGAGGAACAACGCCGUUUUCGUUUACCUAUAGAGACGGCAUGUCGUUUCUGUAGGGUUUAGCUGCAACAAAAACCCUUUCGGUCUUCAUUUUCCGGUCGGCUGCCUAGGCAUUUUCCUCUCAAUUGCUUCGGCGAUCCCAGUCGGCUUCCCAAAGGUUUUCUCCCCCUUUCUCUUUUGGAUUUCGACUCUUUGGAUGUCCGAUUUUUUCUUCUAUACCACCAGAUAAGAGGAACCUGUAAUCUCUAUUCCUUUCCCAUGUUCUACUCAUCUGUAUUCUACUGCGGGGCGAAAUUGUUCCUCCCUUUAUUUUCCCCUAUUUUUCCUUGAUUAGGGUUGUUCACCUGUUACAUACAGUGCCUCACAAGGAUUGUCGGUAGGUUUCACGAGCAAUCCUCAGGCACGAAGAGGAAAGCUUUAUGUUUGGUACUACGUGGGAGUUAAAUGGUUCUUUGCUUUGCUUAUAGGCAUAGGAUGGUUUUCUGUCCACAUUCAGACAGGAGUCAGGUUAAGAAGAUACCAAAAGAAUGUUUUGAUUCUCACAUCAAGCCCCAAAGUAUCUUCUUACAGCUUGCAAAAUCCCGAGUUCACAUGGAAAAAGAACAAGAAUUUUUUUAAGGAAAUGGCUGUUUUUUUACCCAUUUUUGGGUGUUUUCAAGGUGCCAGAAGCUUUGGAAUCAUAUGAAUGCUUCGUUAUACAAACUGGAUCCCAUGUAAUAUCUGCCAAGGUACCCAGAUCACUUUUGAACAGAAAGAACGGGCAGCUAAAAUUACUGAUUUUUUUAAGUAAUCACAAUAAUCAGCUAAGAAGGACUUGCAGAAGGAAGCCAUGUUCCUAAGUAUCAGCCUUUUGGACAAUUAGCAAUAAUAAAUGCAAAGGGGUUAAAAAAAAGUAGCACUUUGGAGGAUUUAGUCGGCAUCCCUUUGGUCACUUUUAUUUGUGUAUGAAUUUUGUAGUUCAUAACAAUAGUACAAUAGUCAAAUGUUGAAAUUCAACUGAAGAAUUUCUUUUACAAAUCCAACCCCGCAACGCGGGAUUCUUCCC